UCACUUAUAUCACAACCACGAGAAGAUAAGGCUAACAGUUGCCCAGGAAUCGAUUCCAGAACCAGUCCCAGUAGAAACUUCUACUUAAAUAGCUAAUUUCCUGAUCUUUGCGAUUACUUUGUGAUGGUUGCGCCAGCCCGCCAUCAUACGACAGAUACCGUUGAUACAUCGUUAGGGAUGGUCGAUUGAUGAAUCACUGCACUAAUUUUGCUAGUCAUUGCUCAUCCUUUGAAGCAUUCACUUCAAGGCAGCAAGCAAAUGAGCAAAACUUUCUGCAUUCGCACUGCGAUUCUGCUUUGCGAUUCCGAAUGUAACACUAUGCGCUGGAAUCUUUCACCUGGUUUCGGAGCUGCUUGGCAUGACAUGGUUGGUUCACAUAUUGUAAAAAUUUCGACUCUCGACUUUCUAAAAUUGCGCCACGGGGUGGAGGAACGAGACAGGCAGAAGGAGAAGAAUUGGUCUGCUUUGAUCGUCUGCAUGAACGCUCGUUAUCAGUCUGAUUGGUAUUGGCAGUUCCUCUUUACGCUAGGCAAUAAAAGCGCCUCAAACUAUUCCC